UCCACAGGGGCGGAUACGGAAGCGGCGCUGGGAACUCGGAGGCAGGUCGGGGACCCGCAUGGCUGCGGCGCGGAGGCACGUGUUUGUUGAAAAAGUGCUGAAGAGACUUUUUCCUCAGGAUCCACGUGGCCAAGAAAAGAGGGCAUGUCCGCCUGCGGCCUCCGAAACCCCUCCCGAGAAGGAGCGAUGCCGGCGCGUCCCCCCGUUGGCAGGUGGCGGCACUGGGCCCCCGCCUGGCCGGCGGCUCUACACUGUGGCUUUGCCUCCUGAGGGCUAUGUUCCUGUUGCUACCCCUGCCCAGCUGGAGCCCGAGCCCGAGCCCCAGCCCCCCAGCUGCGCGGACUCUGCGGAUUCCGAGGGCUCCUCCAGCAGCGAGGGCGUGGCAGAUCGGGAUCCUCAUGACCAACCGAAGAGAAGAAGAAUGAGGAAGCAUAAAUCAAAGAAAAAAAUUGGACGUCCCAGCAGCGCUCACGUAGAAGAGGUGGAAUCAGAGAAGCAGCAGAGUCUCUCAGAAGGAAGGCUGCGGCCGCGGGACGCAGACGGCCCCGCCAUCAGCAAAAACAAGAGGAGGAAACUGAAGAAGAAGCAGCAAAUGAAAAGGAAGCGAGCGGCCGGCGUGCCGACGAAAGCCGCCGGCAUCAGCUUCCUGUACGCGCCCGGCGAGGGCGACGUGGAGCCGGGGGACUCCAGCGAGGGGGCCGGAGGGGGCGGCUCCGAGGCCGAGGACCUGGGGGACGCGGGGGACCAGGAGGACCGUGAAGACAGCGUGGACGCCGAGCAGGACGGGGGCAAAGGCUCCGACGACCAGGCAGAGGGUGUCCUCGAUUUUUUGAAGUCAACACAGGAAAUGUAUUUUUAUGAUGGUGUCUCCAAGGGCUCGGACCCCGCCUUCCUGGCCGCCUCGGAGGCGCUGUUGAGGGGCCUGGGCACUGGCAGCGUGCCCGCCUCCGACCUGCGGGCCCUGGGCCACAUGAAGGCGCUGCUGCUCCUGCGGGAUCCUGGGGGGCUGCGGCGCGCCCUGCAGGCGUUCGAGGAGCACUGCACCCUGCCGCCAGACCAAGCCCGGGUGGUCUCCGCCUUCUUCAGUUACUGGCUCACCCACGUCCUUCCUGAGAGAACGGGGGGUGACCCGGAGGCGGCGGCUCCUGAGCAGAGCUGACGCGGAGCAGGCGGCCCUAACAGACGGCAGGCGCUGCGCUCACGCCCUCGACACAAAGACACGAGGCCCCGGUCCUGGGAGGGCGUUCCUGCCACGAAGCUUACCCGUGUCCCGCGUUGGACCGGCGCCAAGGCCCCCCGCACCGCACAGGCACCGACCAGACACGGCUCGCACCACCGCCCAGUGAUGCGGGCGGUCUUUACCCUGUGAAAACGAACGUGUGCGCUCUGUAAGGUGAGGAAGCCGGCAGUGAGGCUGGGUCUGUUUUUAUAAAGUUUCAAAUGAUCUCGUCCCUGAAAGUCUCUCUCGAGAGUGCCUAUGGCUGUUAAAUGCUGUGCUUCCAGUCGUGCGAUUAUAGUUGUUGGUUUUGUUUUUUCCCUUUCGCACUCGGAGAAGGAAUGGUGCCGAGCACCGGCCUGCGUGGGGCGCAGCCGGCCAGCAGCUUCGCGGCCUGAGGCCCGUCGCCUGGUGGCGCGACACUCAGGAGGGCUUGGCCCCAUCCUUGGAAAUGCGUGCAUCGGGUCAAGUGUCCAUAACAUGAGGGUCGGGUCCGGGCAUUAGGCUCAGUCUCCGCUGUGCAGCCGUCGCUCUUUUUGAGGCUGAAGGGCGGCCAGGGGCAGGACUCCCUGCUGGGAAGUCCGGGCGUGACCGGGGCACCCCGUCACCUCUCCUGUCCUGUCCCGUGUGCGUUCCUCGCAGAAGCCAGGCCUCUCUGCAGAUCCACACAUGGGGUGACCCUUUCCGUCCCCGGAGCAGCCUUCUCGCCAGAGUUUUCAAAUGUAGAGCCCAGUUGGCCCGUCCCCUGGGGCCGAGGGUGCGGGCAGUCGCUGCGGGAGGCCCAGCCAUGGCUCCCGCCCCCGCUGGGGGUGGGGUGACUACAGUGCUCUCACCUGCCGGGCUCAGUGGUUGUGCGUCUCCUGUGCACCAGGAGGUCAGGCCGCAGGCCCAGGCUGCCGGCUCCAUCCCCAGUGGGGGGGCGUGCAGGAGGCUCAUCCAUGUUUCUCUCUAUGUUGCUGUCUCUCUCUCCCUCUCCCUUCCUCUCUCUCUCAAAAAGUCAAUAAAAACAUUUUAAAAUUAAAAAGCUCCGCUCCAGGUGCCCAGCCCACCUUCUCUUUGACCUCAUGGCAGGCAGGCCCCCCUUCCCCAGCGCCCUGUGCCCUGUGCCCGCGCCCCCUGCUGCCUUAGAAGGGGCAGUGUCAUUCCUGCUGCUGUUUCCAAUCUGUUCAACAUGCUGUGCUCUGGUGUCUCCCGUCUCCUUCCUCCGGAGCCAGCGCUUAUUACGCUGACACGUGUUGCUAUGGGCCCAUCUGAUAGGGUCUCACUGCCCUCUA